GCUCUAGUAAUACAUGACAAAGUGACGACGCAGUUCGAAUGAAAUGAGUGGAUAUGGUGUCCAAGGAAGAGUCCUGCAUUUAAUAUGGAUAAUAUAUCGCUUCACAGAUGUAUGUGACAAGGCCGGACACAGACCUUUAUAUCUAUACUGGUUCCAAGCAAACUCUUCUCUUGUAAAAGGCGUCGGCAGGAUUUUUUACCAGCUUUGCUAGCAGGGCCGUCUGAUCAAACUCUUAAAAGAGCUUUAAAAACGGCAGCAAAUGUCAGAUCAGCUUAUAAUUGUAUCCAUGUGCAUUUCUUAACUGGAAGUUUUAACGUCUCUUGACUUCCCUAGCAGUAGCUGCUGAUGUGGAUGUGAAGACUGUCUUCCUGCUUUAGUUUAACCGGAAUUCUACAGUAUUGCAUUCUACCUGCGAACAUAACACGGUCUAUUAUUAAUCUUUCUGAUAUAUAUCCUAAAGACAACGUGCGUUGGGUAGAAUAAAGUGCAUCAACAGGAAACUAGACAUCUCAGUCUAGAGCAUGUUUGCUCGAUGCUAAGGAGGAUGCUUAUACUGCACAACCUGCUGACCGAUAUUAGGUAGCAAACAACUGGAUGCGCCUUCCAUUGAGUUUCAAUAUGAUAUAUUAUCAUAUUUCGGCGUGAUUGGAGGCUCGUGAUCUUUCGGUAGGAGCGGAGAGAUGGAUUUCAUGUGCUUACGGUAGCUGUGUCAUUGUGCUAUCGGUUACCAUCACUGCUUAUCAUUUUUGGGGCAUAUAGUUUAGAAGAACCCGUGAUUGAUCGACUAAACUGUUGUGCAAUGGCGGGUGGUGGGGUCAGUGUGUUGUCCCGGGGUCAGCUGCCGUCUGCAUCCUCCAACUCUUCACCCACUGAUGCUGAUAACCGGGGCUGCUCCAACGGGGACUUCAUGGACACCUUUGGCAUCUUCCUGCAGGGCCUGCUGGGAGUGGUGGCCUUCAGCACCCUAAUGUUGAAACGCUUCAGGGAGCCCAAACAUGAACGGAGACCCUGGAAAAUCUGGUUUCUGGACACCUCCAAACAGGCCAUAGGGAUGCUGUUCAUUCACUUUGCCAAUGUCUACCUGUCUGACCUCACAGAGGAGGACCCAUGUUCACUAUACCUCAUUAACUUCCUAUUGGAUGCGACACUGGGCAUGCUGGUAAUCUAUGGCGGCAUAAAAGCUGUUAAUGCUGUGGUUGAAUGGAGACAGUGGGACUCGUUACGUUUUGGAGAGUAUGGCGAGCCAAUGCAGUGCAGUGCCUGGGCGGGACAGUGUGCUCUCUAUAUCCUCAUCAUGAUGUUUGAGAAGGUCAUGAUCAUGCUGGUCCUCCUCAUCCCACAGUGGAAGAAGCUGUCUACACUCAACCCCAUUACGAACCCUCAUCUGGAGCUAGCCAUCGUCAUGCUAAUUGUUCCAUUUUUCGUGAACGCUCUGAUGUUCUGGGUAGUAGAUAACUUCCUAAUGAAGAAGGGCAGAACAAAAGCCAAACUUGAGGAGAGGGAGGCAGGAGAUGAUCCCCGCGGCAACAGCAAAGUGCGCUACAGACGGGCCCUGUCACACGAUGACUCUGAAUCAGAAAUCCUGUUCUCUGCAGAUGACGAAAUGGAGGAUUCAGAUGGUGACGACGAUAUAAGAAGAAUCAAAGGGCUCAAGCCUGUUAAGAAAAAGAAACACCGUCUUGGUAUCCCAGUCUGAGUUGCAAUGUAGACUUGAGGCCUUCCUCACUCUCAUGACCCCACCUCAUUAACCUGAGCUUUACACCUGGACAUGGAUCAGCAACUGGUGGGCAUAAUGACUAUACACUCCAAACAAGUGGCAUUGAGAGCAAUUUAACUUAAUAAAAGGACUAGGCUCUAGUUAGUCUACAAACUCUCUGCAUUUCCACCCAUGCAUACACAUGAGAGGUGCCUCCUGCUAUUCUGAGACAUCUACCAGUACCAGAACAAUUGUUGUUAACAUUGAGGUAUGUUGAAGGUGACGAGGAAUUUGGGACCACAUAAUUUUUUUCAGUCAGUCCAGUUUUUUGCACAUUCACGAUCUGUAAUGUGCUGCUUUACCGUGAUCGCCUCACAUAGACCUCAGAUGUACAACAGUGGGAGAUCUUGGCUACAACUUUACUAUGAAUUAGUCCAGCCUUUAAACUGAGAAACUCUUUGAAUUGUAACUUUUCAGUAUGUUUUAUUCUAUUUGUCCAUCACACUUCACAAAUAACACAUGGACUUUCUUCUACUGAGAUAAGUACCUUAACUAUAUGCAUGUGACCGUGAUACUGACAUAGCCAGACUAGUUAAGGUUGCUUACAGACGGUUCCAAAGCACUUUAGCUAGUGUAGCUUUGGAGUCGAGUUGUUUUGGUAACUGUGCCGAUAAAUGUUAAGGAAUAAGGUUUGCCAACAGCAUUACAAGUCCCUGAUAUUAUAAUACAGCUGGGUAUGGUCUGUUUGCAUUGUCUGAUUGCAGAGACAAAUUAAUGAGAAGGCACAUAAAUCCAAGGAAAGUCUGUUUCAGCCCCCUGUGCUGUUAAUCUGUAAUGGCAUGCUUGUCAGAUUGUUUGGUUUUUAAAAGUAUAUCUGCCCCAAAGUUCAGUGUGUCACUGUUUUUCUGCCACGAAGUGUGUGUUUUCCUUGCAUAUUUAUUUGUUGUUUUGUUGCAUCUGUGUGGGAGACUUUUGUUUUGCUACUCAUUACAGGGUAGAUGCUUUGGUGCAGGAUGCUUCAGUAAUCUUUUGCACAGUUCUUGUGUCAUUUUGUGUGCAGUUUUGUACAUCUUAAAAAUACAACAAAUCUGACACUGUCAAAUGCUAAUCUAGAAGGUAUUUGUUCUUUGUCCCUACACUCAGAUACUUACAAAGUGAUGCCUUUGUAUCAUGCACUCUGCAGAAUUCUUAAAAAUCGAGAGUGCAUAUCUCUGAUUAUUGUUUGUAUUAAUUAUUCUGAAGAAUGUGAUAUGGGGAAAAUGCCUGUAGGUUUUCAUACUUGGUUUAGGAUGUUUUACAGAUAACUUACUUUACACAUUCAGCCCAGAGUGGCAGUGAGAACUGUAAGUCUUUUAUUGUUUCAACAAGUUAACUGACAUUAAUGGACCAAGAUUGUGUGAGUGAUCGUACUAUGUUUGCAUACAGUACGUGUUUGUGUCUUUGCAUUUUUUUUUAAAGGAUUCAUUUGAAACCAGGCUUUCUAGUUAGGCCUGUUGGAUGAACAUAGUUACUGAUGAGGAUUUUGUCUUGAUGGAAAUGUAACUGCCUUUUCCUCUCCAGGUUGACUCUGACUAUUAUUACUGUGCAAUCUUUGUUAGAGUUGGUGGUGAGAGAAAGAACCAAAUAUAAAAACGGAGAAGGGUUAUAAGUACUAAACUGUAUUAGAUGAUUAGAAUUACUGACAAAUUAUGAUCUUGCAUUAUUAUUAUGUAUGGUUUUUUCAAUAAACUCUGUCAAAAACUA